AUGGACUUGUAUCGCUAUCAACCUUUACCGUCGGACCUCAGCCGCCCCAUUCGCCUUUUGCAGAUCCUUCCGAGCAAAGAAGAACAAGCGCCGAUGCAUUGUCGGCUCAUAUUAUUUGACCUGCAAGACCCCGAAGGCUUACGGAUAGGAAACCAUCUUUACGAAGCUUUAUCAUUGAAUUGGGGAUAUUCUGAAGAGACAAAAACAGUUUCUAUAGAGUCUGACUCCCUGUUCAUCGAAGAAGGCCUCCAUGCGGCACUAUCUCGUCUUCGACAUCGGGACAUUGAACGCCUCAUGUGGAUCGAUGCUAUUUGCAUCAACCAUGAGGAUGAAGAGGAAGUAGCACUCCAGGUUCAAUACAUGGCAGAGAUCUAUGCCAGAGCCAGCCGCGUUGUUGCCUGGCUCGAUGAGAUGACUGGUGAUCAUCAGACCGAUUCUAAGAUGCGCAAAGAAAACCACCAAGCGCUUCACGCAAUUGCCUCUGCCGCAAGUGGCAUGUCGUUGCAAUCUGGUCGUAGCAAUGAUGAUUACGAAAUGGCCAUGAACCUUUGUCUCGGUGCAUGGUUUCGUCGCGUUUGGGUACUGCAAGAAGUUACUGUUGCACGAAAUGUUACGUUCAUGUGUCAGUCGAUUGAGAUAAAUAGCCAUGCGUUAUGCCUGGGAGUAAGGGCGAUACUCGAUGAUAGGCCGCCCUACUCGCUUCCUGGCAUCAUUCAUCGCAUAGAAGCCGGGACCCUUCGACUGGAACCUGCUGUCAAUUCGUCUGGCGAAUUUACGUCCCAGUGUCACCCUCUUUCCGACCUUUUGGAAGUUUCUCGCCCUCACGAGGCAUUAGACUGCCGCGACAAGGUUUAUGCUUUACUUGGCAUAAGCAGCGACGCACCGCCUGGCCUAGUCCCUGACUAUAAUAUCUCGUGGGCAGAUCUUUUCAGUCAGAUUGUGAGGUCUAUGCUCUUCAAAGAUGUUGAGGUCACCACGCGCGAGGAUUUUCCACUGGCACUGAUUAGAGGCAAAGUCUCCUGGGUAGGAGAAGUCACCAGGCUUCAGUUGAGUGAUGUUUGGCAUAAUCAGUUGGAGAUAACGGUCCAACCCUUUCCCCAAACUUCUAACAAAGAUCGCGAAUGGACAUUUCAUUUACCGGUGACUGCAAGGCCAGUGAUGCCGGGGGAUAUCGUCUGCGAGUUGCGAAAUGCGCCACAUCCAUUAAUCCUCAGACUUCACAAAGACUUUUGCGAGAUAAUCUGGAUUGCAAUCACCGCAAUUCAUUGCAACGCUCUUUGGAGCCGCUUUGCAACUUCUAUUCCUCCCAGGAAAUAUUACGAUCCAAUUUUCUUGACUUGGAAUUGGGAUAUGAAAGCCGCCGUUGGAAAGGCGGCGAGCAGAAGAUUCUUCCUCCGUCAAUACUUAAAAGAGCAAGGAUUUUCAAAGCGUCAACCCAUGUACGCGCGAGACCUAUACUUGCUGGGAACUAUAUAUGCUAGGCUUGGACGAAUCGACAAUGCAAUUGAGCCAUUUCAGAUGCAAAUAGUAAAAUCCGCACAGGUGUCUAAAUCGGUUGGCUUCUGCUCGCUCGAUUCGAUGUUCUGGUUGUCUUCUUUGUACAACCUGAGAGGCGGCGACGGCGAUGAUCAGCUAUCUGCAUAUUGGAGCAUAGUGUUGUCGUCAUUCGAUCGAGGGAAAGACUUUGAAGAACUGAACGAGAUACGCAGAGUCGAGCUUGCAUCGAUGCCUGAUGAAGGCCCAGUGUGGUUCCUCCUCGAGUCACAAGGAGAGCACACCAACGUCACUGAAGGUGUCGUGGCAGCAGCGGCCGCAAAUGAGAAAGCUGGGGAAGGAAUCAUGAGAGUUCUCCUGGACUUCAAAGGAGAUACACUCCCGAUUACCGACCUGGUCAUCAAGACGGCUACACGAAAUAAUCAAAGUGGUUCAAAGAUCAUGACACUUCUCCUCAACCACGAACUGCAACAACUCAUUAUCACGAAUGAUGUCCUGCGCGAGUCCUGUAUAGACGUACGACUGCUUCUUCUGGGCUGGGAAGGUCGCCCCUUUACUAUUGCUUACGAUAUUGCGACCGUCAUUGUCAGCUUGUAUGAGAUUCAUUUCGAUAACAAGUCUUUCGACGCCCGACAGCUUCUGACGCUCUUCGUCAAGAGACACGCGGGGCCAAUUGUUGUUGAUAUUGGGUUCAUUCACAUCAUCGCUGACCUGGAGUCACAAGGCGCGGAGUAUCCUUGGGAUCAUCGUCAUUCUAGCUUGUGCUAUGAUAUUCUUGACACGCUUCUGGGUUGGGAGGGAGAUGAGAUUACCAUCACCGAAGAUGCUUCACGGACAGCCAAGGAUUGUUUUCCAAGCUUCUGGGACGUCGAUAUGGCAGAUGCUACGUGA